AUGUAUUUACCGCAUGUGAACAAAUAUGAAGACUCACGACAGGAAGCAAUAAAUCAGGCUUAUGAAUUCGUUAAAGAUGAAGGAAAGGAAAAGAUACACGAUGUAGCUAUAAAAGAGCGUGAGAGCGAGGAAAACCGUCAAAAACAAGAAAAGAAAAACAAAAAGGAGUUCACUUUUAAAGAAGAAGACCUAAUCCCAGCUCCUUUAGUGCCUAUUUUAGGAAUAGUGCCAGCAGGUGCUCCGAAAAUAGUGAUGAGAGACGAACCCACAGAAUAUUAUCCAGCUACCAUUUUCCCGAAAGAAAAACAAAAUCAUUUUUGGGUUAAAGUUUCAGGAGACUCCAUGGUUGAUUGUGGGAUCAAUGAUGGAGAUAUGGUGCUUAUAGAAAAAAAAUCCGAUGUGCCAAAUAAUAAGACGUGUGAUGCCAUUCUUGAUUUUUAG